AUGAUCUACGAAGAGACCGCAAAGCCUCUUCUUCCUUACGCUUGGCAAGGCAAUAUCGGAACCCUUUUCGCCUACGGACAGACAGGUUCUGGAAAGACUUACACUGUCAGCGGAAUGGAAAGAUUGAUCGCCAAAUCCUUGUUUGAUGGGACAUUGGCAGGAGAACGCAAAAUACAUGUCAGCAUCUUUGAACUUGCUGGAAAUUCCGCAUUUGAUCUGCUAAAUUCGCGGGCCCCGUUUAUGAUAUUGGAGGACUCGCUCGGCAGCACCCAACUCGUCGGCAUUCAAGAGCAUCACGUUCAAAGCACAGACGACUUGCUUGGUCUAGUCGAUAGCGCAAACAAAUUUCGACAAACAGCAUCGACAGAAAAGAACGAUGGCUCUUCUCGCUCGCACGCCAUCUGUCGCAUCAGGAUCGAGAACCCUGCACCCGAGGCUGUCGAAGAUGGCAUUUUGUACCUCAUCGAUCUUGCGGGGUCAGAGAUGGCCCGGGAUAUUUGUAACCAUGCUGCCGAUCGGAUGAAAGAAACAAAAGAGAUUAAUAUCAGUCUUUCUGUUCUAAAAGACUGUAUCCGGGGCAUGGCUGAGCUCGAAAAUACUGGGAAAUCUUCGAAGAAGCCAUACAUUCCGUUCCGACAGAGUACAUUGACUAAAGUCCUGAAGCAUCUUUUUGAUCCAGAUCGAAGCCGUGCCUGUAAAACCUCAGUCCUUGCGUGUGUCAACCCCAGUUUCUUGGAUACUGGCGCAACAAAGAAUACACUUCGGUACGCCGAGAUGCUUCGCUCUUCCCAGCCGACACAAAAAGCUGCCGCAUAUAAUCCAGCAAUACCGACGACGUGGAGCAACAAGGAUCUACGAAGCUACAUUAGAAUCAAGUCUGGAAACCCAUCGAUCUCGCCUAUAGAUCUUGCGCCUCAUGAGUCUGGUACUCAACUUCUGCGACUCCCAGCAGAGGAGUUUGUACAGCGCUGUUUGAAAAGCGACGGGGUCACUAAAGAUCAGGCCGAUGCAUUUCACGCUAAACUUUGGAAAUUGCAUAUUGAUUCUCGACGUGCUACUCGGUGA